CCAUCUCCUCCUCUUGUUGUGGUGGACAUGAUGAAGAGCCGAACCGGUGGCGGGGGGAGCACCAGCACGGGGGGCAAGAGUGGCAAGGCCAAGGCCAAGACAAAGGCCAAGACAAAGGCCAAGACAAAGGCCAAGACAAAGACCACCACCGCUACUACGUCUGCCACAUCUGCCGUGGGAGAUACAGGUAGCAUGGCGGGUGCAACUCCGUCUGCCAGGAGCAAGUCCAAGGCCAAGGCCAAGUCGCGGUCUGGGAAGAAGCGGUCGUCGCGGGGGCGCAAGGGGACAAAGUCGCACUCGCGCCACGCCCUGGAUCCGCUGCUGAUCUCGGCUGCGGUGGACGCUGUUCUGGCUGAGCAGACGCCGACGUCGCCAACCAUGUCGAGCCCGAGCUCAGCUACCGGUGGCGGCAUUUCGAUGGUGACGACAACUUGCAGGAGCGUCUCGCUCUCGCGCUCGGGUACUGAUCACCUCCUCCGCCAGCUCUCGCAGUCGUCGUCGUCUGUUUCGUUUACCUCGGCCACAUCGACGUCGGGAAGCUCGGCAUCGGCGUCGUCGUCAUCGUCGCCGCCGUCGCUGGUUGCGUCGUCGUCAACAACUGCCACCGAGUCGGACUCGUCAGACUCGACGUCGGCCUCCGUCUCGGCCUCGUCUUCGGCGUCAGGAUCGGGCACCCGGUCGGGUGCGGCUACCGUCAUCAAGACCAAGCGCAUUGAGCGCGUGUCUGUCGACGAAGCCGCUGCACACGACUCGUCCGAGCCGGUCACCCGGCGCCGCGGCUCGCGCUCGGGCAAAGCGCCCGAUCUGGCCACAUCAGCCAGCGGUCGCCCCAGCUCGCGCUCUUCGCUCUCGCGCUCCGGCUCGGGCAAGGCCGUGGCUGCCAAGGCCGACUCGGUCGCUGCUGCUGCUGCCUCGACAGCAGCCUCCAGGUCGCGGACCAAGUCCAAGUCCAAGUCUAAAGCUGCGGGCGAGGGAAGCAAGACCCGCAAGGCCAAGUCCAAGCGCCCGGGUCCACUCCCGCCCGGCUGGAUUGAGCGGUGGGACGACCACUACCAGCACCCGUUCUACUACAACGUCAAGACCCGCGAGUCGGUGUGGAUCCGGCCCAAGAUGCCCAAACAGGCCAAGGCUAAGCUCGCCGCCGCUCCAGUCACUGCCACUCCGCAAGCGGUCCAGAACAGUAAGGUGGCGGCAGCGCCAGCAGCGGCAGCUUCUCCCUCACCGACUGCGUCAGCAGCGCCGGCGAAGCGGUCCGCCAUCAAGCCACGGCGAACAAGCGGGUCGGGCUCUCCACUGGUGGCAGCAUCGGUGGGAGCGGCUCGCGGCGGGAGUGUCGGUGUCUCAAGUCCACAAACCAAGGUGCGGACGCUGGCGUCCCAGCCCAAAGCCAAGCCGCAGCGGCGAACGUCACCGCCCAAAGCGUCAGUCACGCGGCUGGUCCCGCCAGCACCCGAGAGCCGCAAGCUCAAGAGCAUCUCGUCUUCAGCGCUCACUACCGAAGACGACACGACGACCAUGGACACGUCGAUGUCGUCGACGUCUGACGUGACAACCUCGUCGUCUGACUCGGAGACCGAGUCGUCGUCGGGUGAGUCGAGCGCCGGCGGCGGCCCGGAACGAGCCCACUCGGCCAAGCCGGUAUUCGGCGGGAGGAUGUGCGCGUUCCGCCGCGGGCCUACUGCUGGGUCUGGAGCGCGCACCCAGGCCAGUGCGCUUGGCACCAAGCCGCGCAGUGUGUCGUCGGUGGUGGCGCGGGCAACGUGCGGCCUGCUCUCGUGCUACGUCCGAGUCCAGCCGAGCUUCAAGUACGAACCGCAUCUACGGCCGCGGCGGGCGCUGACGCAGCCGUCCAAAGGCAUGCACAACUCAGGGCGCGACAAUGAGAACCACGACCUCAUCCUGCACGUGGACGAUGUGCUGACGGCCGGGACGACGGGCGCCAAGGCGUACCGUGUCGUUGACUUGCUUGGCGCCGGCACGUUUGGGCAGGUGGUCAAGUGCGUCGACGACCGAACCGGAGCCGAGCUUGCGGUCAAGGUGGUGAAGUCCAAGCGGGCGUACACCAACCAGGCAUACAUGGAAGUGAGCGUGCUGCAGUGGCUCAACACUUCAUGCGAUCCCAACAACGAGCACUACAUUGUGCGGAUGCUCGACUCGUUUGUCCACGCUGGCCAUCUGUGCAUUGUCUUUGAGCUCCUCUCGGUCAACCUCUACGAGCUCAUCAAGCAAAACGGGUUCAAGGGCCUCUCGCUCUCACUCAUCCGGGUUCUCGUGGUGCAGGUGCUGGACGUGCUCUCGCUGCUGGCCCGGACUGGCGUCAUCCACUGUGACCUCAAGCCGGAGAACAUUCUGCUACAAGACAUCGAGUCACCGCACCUCAAGGUCAUCGACUUUGGCUCGGCCUGUUUCGUCCACCAGCGAGUCUACACCUACAUCCAGUCACGGUUCUACCGCUCGCCCGAGGUCUUGCUCGGCGUCCCGUACACCGGUGCCAUCGACAUGUGGUCACUCGGAUGCAUUGCCGCGGAGCUUUUCCUAGGCAUUCCGCUCUUUCCGGGCGCCAACGAGUACAACCAGGUCCAGCGAAUCACCGACAUGCUCGGCGAGUUUCCAGUCCACAUGCUCGCGGCCGGAACGGCGACGAGCAAGUUCUACCACGGCCCGGCUGCCGACGGGAGCUUCCGGCUCAAGACGCCUGCCGAGCAUGCAGCUGGUGCUGGCAUUCAGCCGGCCGACAACAAGCAGUACUUUGGCGCCACCGACCUCGAGACUAUCAUCCUGCAGUAUCCACACGCCAAGGGCUUGGCCGGUGCGGAGCUGCAAGCCGAGAACGAGGCGCGCGCCGCGUUCGUGCACUUUGUCAAGGGCUGCCUCACCCUAGAUCCGGGCACACGGUGGAGCCCUGUCCAGGCCAAGAGCCACCCGUUCAUCACCCGAGCCAAGUUUGAGGCGGGCUUCACGCCUCCGCCUGCGGCGAACCCGCUGUUUGGCGGCAUGCUGGGCAUGGGCAUGGGCAUGGGCAUGUACCCGCAGCUCUUUGCGCCGAUGGCCAACCCGAUGCUUGCGACGAUGCAGAUGCAACAACAGAUGGCGCAGCAGAUGGCGCAGCAGAUGGCGGCACCGUCGUCGGCGGGCAUGGUGCCGGGCAUGGUGCCGGGCAUGGUGCCGGGCAUGAUGCCGGGCAUGAUGCCGGGCAUGAUGCCGGGCAUGAUGGCCGGCGCCACUGGCGCAGGCUCGGACUCUGACUCGGGGGCCGGCACCGUUCCGGGCAUGAUGUUCAUGAACUUUAUGAACCCGUUUGGCAUGGCCCAAGCCGCCGGCAACGGCGCUCCGUCGGCGGCAGCUGCAUCGGCAACCGCCACGGCCGCAGCUGCCAGUGCGCCGGGUGGCGGUCGCCGCGCUCCGCCGACUGACGACGAGCGAGUGUCGCCGAGCAUGUCGGACUUUUCGGCGUCAUACGUGUACAACGAAGAGUCGUCGACCGAGUCGGACAUCCGGUACCCGUCGCUGGGGCGCGACGGCGGGCGGUCGCACAAGGUGGCGCUGCGGCGGGCGAUGCGACGGCGGCCGUCGGGCGCGGCAGCGGUCUCGCUCUCGGUCGUACCCGACUACCGGGCUGUGUCGUACGACGGGUGCGAGUCGUCGGCCUCAAACGGGCUGCCUGUUGUGGUGCAUGGCGGGCCGGUGGCCGGCGCCGGCAGCUCGGCCGGUUACAUGCUCCAGCCGCCGACGAUGUACUACGACGACUCGUCCAUGGGCGACGACUCGUACGUGACCGAGGACGACGAGUUCUACGGCGCGCACCUGUACUCGCUCACCAAGGUUGCGUCGCAGCCGGACAUGAUGGUGCAGUACAACCAGGCGCUGCAGCAGCGGCAGGCCGACGGCGAGCGACGGGCAGCGGCGCGCAAGCUCUCGACCUCGUUCGACAUGGCGGCGGCGCUGGCAGCCAAGCCGUACACGCCAAAGGCGCCGCAGCCGCGCUCGCGCUCGCGCUCGCGCUCGCAGACGCCGUCGCAAUCCGAGUCAGCGUCGCAGAACUCGACCCAUGCGCCGUCGUGGUCGUCGUGCUCGUCGACCACGCUCUCGCAGUCAAGCUCCGAGACAGCCGACUCGGCGGUUGUCCUCGAGCAUCCGUUCCUCGCGCAGGCCAUGGAGGACGGGCUCAACCAGCAGCUCACCUCGCACACGUCGACCCUCGGUGGCGGCGGCGGCGGCAGCUGAUGCGCUUGUUUUACUAGUGGUCUGGGAAGGCCUGGGUGGCCGACGAGCGGCGCGAGGGGGUGUCGGGCGUGGCCGUGUCGACAAUGGUGGUAAAGUCAUCGUACGAGAUGGAGCCGCGGCCGGAGAUUUCAAGCAACUUGAACAUGCGAUUAAUGUCGCGGG